AUAUCCCUUCAGUCCUGUCCCCACCCCAUUCCUCAAUUCGAUGUUUAGUUUAGGUGCUGUUAUUGACAGCCCAACUUUUUAACUUUACUGCUAGAAAAAGCCUUAUUCUCCUGUCACCUACUAACUAGUAACCUAAGCAGCUGUAUUGCGUACGUAUUACAACAACAUGCCCGGUGCUACUCUCAAACUGAACGCUAUUUCCUCUAUUUAUUAUUCUCACAACAGAAAGCCCUACAAAUUGUUCCCCUCUUUUACCUCCGUCACCGGUACCACCACCACCUCUAACUCCACGGCCGUUAGUGUCUCCACUCACAGGCGCCGCCGCUGUUGGUGGUGGAGGACAGUGUCCGGUGAUUUCCGUGAGGGAGGAUAUGCUAAUUUUGGUGUAAGAAGUAUUUCUUCUUCUUCUUCUUCUUCUUCUUCUACUAAUACUACUCAGAUGGGACCCACACCCGAUCACAAAGAGGAUGAUCUCCGCCGUGAAAAACAAUCUCUGUCGCAAUCGCCACCGUCAAAGUCGGAGAAGUUGCUGACGUUGCCCACGAUUUUAACAAUUGGGCGCGUGGCUGCUGUUCCGCUACUUGUAAGCACAUUCUAUGUUGAUAGCUGGUGGGGGCCAACUGCUACAACGGCUAUAUUUAUUGCAGCAGCAGUUACGGACUGGCUUGACGGAUACCUUGCUCGCAAGAUGAACUUGGGAACUGCCUUUGGUGCGUUUUUAGAUCCAGUGGCUGACAAGCUGAUGGUUGCUGCUACCUUGGUCUUGUUGUGCACCAAACCUUUGGAGUCCAGUGUGUUUGGACAGUUGCCAUGGCUAUUAACUGUCCCUUCAAUUGCGAUAAUAGGCAGGGAGAUAACUAUGUCUGCAGUUCGAGAAUGGGCAGCUUCUCAGGGUGGUAAACUUUCAGAGGCUGUAGCUGUGAAUAACCUGGGGAAGUGGAAAACAGCCACUCAGAUGAUUGCACUGACCAUCCUCCUGCUAACCAGAGACAGCAGUUUAUCUGGGGCUGUCACUCUUGUGGGUUCCGGUGUGAUCUUGCUAUAUAUAUCAGCGUGGCUUGCUGUAUGGUCCCUGGUCGUGUAUAUGAGAAAGAUAUGGAAAGUGUUAUUGAUGUAGAAAUCAUUUUCAUCAACUACAUAUUGGCUCAUGCUUCUUGCUGUUGAGUGGUGGAUCACCCACAAGCUAUACAUACUGAUGACCGGUGCAAGGGAAAGCCGUCUUCCUGAUGCAGGCUGUGUUCAAUGUUUGGUUUUCCUUUACAUUCUUUAAUUUGAUUCUUUUAGCCGAAAGCUAAUGAAGUCUCUCAACAGGAAAUAGGAUCAUUCGACAUGGGAUCUGCAACAUGUAAUCUGGAUUCUAACUGGAAAAUUCAUAGUAUUAUGCAGUAAAGGACUUAUUAUUGUGUU